CGCUCGGCCCGCCUCCCAUCUCCGCCCGAAGCUGGCGAGCAAAGCCGCGCCAGCAAUCGCGCCACGCUUCCUCGUCCUGCCCGGCUGUCCCGGGGGCUCCCGCGACUGCCAGCCAGACCCCGCGACGCGCGUCACUCCGGCCCGGAACCAGCGCGGGGCGUCGUGGGGAUGCGGGCGCGCGCCGCGUCGCGGGGGACAAAGUGGGAACGCGGCGGUGGCGGCGGUGGCGGCGGACACAGGCUGUAGAGCAAGAGAGGCGCUGGCCGCUCCCACCCAGCCACCCCACGCGCAACUUUCUUCGCCCGUGGAGAAGUGCCGAGCCCGGAGCUCGGCCAGCCGGAAAGUCGCUGCAGCUGGGGCGCAGCUGGAGCCGCCUGCCUGCCUGCCUGCCUGCCUGCCUGCCUGCCCGCCCGCCCCGGAGCGAGGGACCAGCCGGCGCCGGGCUUGCCCGAAAGCAGCCGCGCCGGACGGGACGGCGCGCGGUGGAGGAGCUGCGCCCGCUUCGCCCUGCAGAUUCUGCAAACGAGGCACAUUUUGUGACCAUGGAGGCCUGACAUUUGGACCUGGGUGUUACCAUCAGAAGUAUGGAACUUAUUGAUCAUUGCCAACAUGAUUGCUCUACCCCAGUUCCAAAUGGAUAUGGAACCAAGACUUUUCAAGCCAACCGAAAGGAAACAUGCACCGCACAGAAGUGUCCCAAUCCAAGUGCCCCCGGUGAUCCUGGCCAAGAGGAUAUGGGCAAGAAUAAGAAGAAGGCCAGGGCCAGUUGGAUUUGGAAUUUUGUUGGCCGCAAGAAAGGACCCUCCAUGAAUCCCAAACGGCCCCAAUCCAUGAUAUUCCUUGGAGAUCACGUGGAGGUCACGGAGCAGAAUCGUAAGAUGUCUUUCAUGGAAAGGGUAAGAUCCUAUAAGAAGCUACGAUCUUCUGGUCUAUCCAGAAAUACAUCCAAAGCAAAGGCCAUCAUCAUCUCAGUGGAAACUCAAGAAGAUCUUGAACAAAAAGCGCUCCAUAGGAUUAGGAAGCUCAGUGACGGCCAACGGCCUUACCGUCACUCCUAUGCUGGCUUCAUUGAGGACUUGGAUUCUUCAUUUGAGGAUAUUGAACUAAAUAGCUGCAUGCUGGAUAUUGAACCCAGUGAGAGCAAAUGGCACAGGGGGGUGGAACUGGGAGUCAGUAGUAGCAAUGCUGAUGAUUAUUGUUAUAACAUGUUGGCUCAGAAAAAUGUGGCCCUCGAGUCUGAAAAAACUCCAGAGUCUAGGGAUGCUGAAGGACAUUUUCAAACAAGAGAUGCUCCGGUAGCUCCUGAGACUAAGAAAGGAAGAAGUUCUGAGGUCUGGGGAUAUCUAAAAGGGGUUUCAUUGACAGGCAAGGACUGUUCCAAGUUGGAGAACCCUACUGCAGAACCUGAUCUUCAGAGUUGGAAAAAUGCAAUGGAAAGUCCUCCUUCUUAUCUUGCUUUUGCGGCAGGAUGCAAAGGCAGCGUUGGCCAGCCUAAAAAGCCUGGCCAUGGAGGAAAGGGAAGUCAUUUUGGUGGUGUCCUUAGGUUUUUUAACAGCGUGGCUGGGGUGGCUAGGAAAUGGCGGGGAUCUUCCAAGACAUUUUCUCAGGAAGAACCACAGCAAAUCUCCAACUGUGCACGGCAAAGGCUGGAACGAUCUCAUCGAAGGCAGCCUUUGAUCAUUGUCAAUGAUAAUGUUAAUAGUUUCUCAUUAACUGGACUGUCACCCGAUUCUGAGAUGUGGGAUCGCCCUAGUUCCAAAACCUCAGCUGGUCAAGCUCCAGCCCAAGGAGAUACCAAUGCUGAGAUGUCUCAUGAAGUCUUGAAGGAUCCUAGCAAUGAAAAACCUUGUCCACCUCCUUGGAAAAGUAUUCCCCACUCAGAAUGUCCAAGUAAUUGCCUGGUUCUCAAUGGACAUGGCUUAGAUACGGAACUGCUACAGACCCAGAAGAUCCCUCCUAACAAAUUAAGUGAGGAGGGCCCAGGUUCUGCUCCAGGAGAUCCCUGGAUUUUGCCUCCUUGGGAGCAGGAGGCUACCCGGUACUCCGUUGCGGUUUCAGCAGAUUCCCAGAGCUUGGAUACAGAGGAGUUAAAGUCUCAAGAUCUGACAAAGGCCGAGAUGGACAUUGCAGGCCUGGAAAAGGAUUCUUCUUUGAACUGUGAGGAAUGGUGUGACAGUGAAAUGGACAUCAAAGUUGUGUGCACUUCUGCCGAGGAUUUUAAUGCCUUCACAAGUGUAGCAGACACUCCAGAUUUGGGGGAGGGAUUAAUAGAUAACCAGAUGCCCAAGAGGGCUCUAGGAGAAGACCAUCACUUUGCCAAUGUGCAAGGAGAUAAUCCGGGGUGUUCAAGGACUCUGCCAAGUGUUGGUGUUUCAGCAGGUCCCUCUGCAGAAACUCGGAGUUUAGGAAGUAUUUUGGAGGAUGUUCGCAACCCCUGCACCCCCCUAGCCUGCUCAUGCCAUAGUCAGCAGGUCCUAGAUCCAGAACGUUCCUCUCUUAGAGCGAAUGGGAGCACCUUUCUGCUACGGCAGCCGUGGAAAUCCCGAGAAUCCGAACCUUUUAAGUGUGGGAAUGUUUAUUACCCUAUCCAGAUGAGCUUAUGUACAAUUGUCUCCUUCAAUGAGUUAAACAAUGGAAAGGCACGGUCUCACCCUCUCCGCCCGUCUCCAGCGUCUCCUCCUCCGUUCAAACUUUUUUUGGACCGAUGUCAUUCCCUCCCACUCUCUAAGAGUACCCCGAUGGGGCUGGAUCAGCUGGAAUGGAAACAGAAGCUCUUGGUCAGCUCUGGGGCUGAACGUGACCUGGGGUCGCAAACAUUGGAGAUGCGUCGAGACACUAAGAACGGCCGAAGUAGAUGGAGACCUUUACAGCCCGGAGCAGAGCAACGGCUACUCAGCAAAGUAAGUCAUCCUUCCUUUGUUUUUCUAACUGCCUCUGCUCCGACAUAAGAGCUGUGUAAGAUCUAUCUCUAUUGGAGGUUCGUCAGCUUUUGUAUUACAGUUUUAGCCAUUAGAUUAAGAUAUGUCACGGCAAAGCAAAAAAAAAAAAAAAAAAAA